GAAGUGUCUACCUUGUGGGAGGUCCUUGAGGCCGCUGAGGUCGUGGUUGUCUGUUGAACGGCUUGUGGAAGUUGUGCUGCCUUGGGUAGGGCGUUAAGAUCGUUCUUGAGAGGAACGUCUCUGUCCGAAGAGAAAAUGAGUUUAGCUCUGAGAAAUGAGCUUGUAGUAGACAAAACAAAGAGGAAAAAAAGAAGAGAACUCUCUGAAGAACAGAAACAAGAAAUUAAAGAUGCUUUUGAACUGUUUGACACAGACAAAGAUGAAGCAAUAGAUUAUCAUGAAUUAAAGGUGGCAAUGAGAGCCUUGGGGUUUGAUGUAAAAAAAGCUGAUGUACUGAAGAUUCUUAAAGAUUAUGACAGAGAAGCCACAGGGAAAAUCAACUUUGAAGAUUUUAAUGAAGUUGUGACAGACUGGAUAUUGGAAAGAGAUCCACAUGAAGAAAUAUUAAAGGCAUUUAAACUAUUUGAUGAUGAUGAUUCAGGUAAAAUAAGCUUGAGGAAUUUGCGACGUGUUGCCAGAGAAUUGGGUGAAAACAUGAGUGAUGAAGAACUUCGGGCUAUGAUAGAAGAAUUUGAUAAAGAUGGUGAUGGAGAAAUAAAUCAAGAGGAGUUCAUUGCUAUUAUGACUGGUGACAUUUAAAGAAUUACAAGGAUAAACACUAAGAAUGUUGCUGUUAUCAUCUUAUAUUCUAUUUUUGUGCCUGGAGCCAUGUUAAAAAAAAAAAACAACAACAAAAAAACUUAGUUCUUUUUUUCCAAAGGGACCAAAACUCAGUGUCUUAUGUAUUCAUAUUUUCCUAUUGUUAUGUUUCUUUGUAUGAGCAGUAGUGUUAGCACUCUAAUAGUUUAGCUUUGUAUUUAUAAUAUAGCUUUUAUAUAUAUAUAUAAAGUUUGAAAAAUUAAAUCAUGUGGUACACAUUCUCUGUAAGUUUUUAUGCGUCAUCAUAAAGUGACUACUUUUGAUGUACAUGUUAUAGACUUUCAUUAAUAAAAUGUUUAUUUUAGUAGUAUUUUUAAAUAUGGUAAAUUUUCUGUUCUCUAAUUCCAAAUAUCUGUAAAUACACAAUUGUAUCUUUCUUAAAUCUUUUCUCUUUGUAGUACUAGUUUCAGAAACAAAAAUUAAAAUACAAAUAGCAAUAGAAUAGCACAUUUUUCCCUUACAAGUUUGACAUUUUAUGUUUCAGUACAAGACGAUGAUUCACAGGCAUAAUUCCUUUUUUAAGAGUCAUGCCUUCAGUUUGGAAGGAAAAAGUGGUGUGUGUAAAGACCCAUUUAUUCUCCUAUAUUAUAUUCUCUAGCAUUUCUGGUGUCUUAACAUAAGUUACAACAGUUAAAUCUGGAUAUUUCCCUCUCAAACUAAUUGAGUACAGUUUGAAUCAUCUGAUUUCUUGAGAAAGUUAAAGAUUUAAAUUUUGAAAUUUUGGAUCUGUUAAAAAUAAUCUCUCAAUUAAACAUCACAAUGAUGAAAAUAGAAAACUAAGCCACAGAAAUCAUGUAAGAUUGUUCUACUUGUAUAAAGGAACAUUCUGUGAUUUACCAGGAAACAGUAGAGACCAACUUUUCCAGGUAUUUGGUGGGCUCUUCUGCCUUAUAGAUAUGUAUGUUAGUGGGGAGAUAAGUGGUUUUGUGAGAUGGAUUAUAGAAAAUUGGUACCUAUACUGAUCCUUCACCAAUAAUCUGGUUCCUCGUGAUGGCUCUCUGGAAGAAAGUUGUCUAUUUCAGUGAUCUUUCUUAAGAUUUCUUAUUUUAAAUUUAAAGUACAGUAAUAAUUUGAGGCACUUGAAAUAAGCUUCUAGAGUAUUACAUAAAGAGUUACUAGAAAUUUAACAAGUCAAUAGGGAAUAACAGUGGUGACAUUCCAAAUAGUUAACUAGAAAGUAAGUUAAUUGCUCAUUAUACUAAAAUUUAAUUUUGAAUAUGAAAUCAGUGCUCACAAUAGUAACAAUAUCCAGGGCAACAUAUAUUCUUUGAAAUUAAAAAAAUUUUAUCACCCUUACUGUUGAAUUGGCUUCUAUGUCUUAAUCACAAAAUACGUUAUUUCCAGGAAAUUAAAGAAUAAAGAAAGUGAAGAAUAAAACAUAAAAAUAAAUCUAGUCUGAGGAGCAAACUGAGGAUUUUGAGGGGUGGGGGACUGGGGGUUGGGUGAGCCUGGUGGUGGUAUUAUGGAGGGCACGUAUUGCAUGGAGCACUGGGUGUGGUGCAUAAACAAUGAAUUUUGGAACACUGAAAAAAAAUAAAAUUAAAUUAAAAAAAAUCUAGGCUUGCUCGUCUUCUGCCACUUUAUUGGAAUAAA